AUGGCUGCCAGCGAAUACACGCCUCUACUCGAACCCUCCACACGGCCGCAAGACCGGUCAUCGCGAUGGCGGGUUCUGGCAUUGAUCUGUUUCAUUGUCCUGAUCCAGGACUUCGCUGAGUAUCUCUCUCAGGCGCCCCAGACCGAAAUUUGGCUCGAGGUCGUCACUCGCAAGUUCUGUCCUGUAGGGCAGGAUGGGCCGGAAUGUCAGAUGGACCGCGUGCAGAGGGAGGUAGCCCUCCUGCAGGGCUGGAAGGAUACGCUGGAGCAGGUCCCGGGUAUACUGUUUGCAGUCCCCUAUGGCGUGCUGGCCGACCGGAUCGGACGUCGACCGGUCUUGCUUCUAUGCGCGGUGGGAUUCACGCUGAGCGAUACGUGGACCAAGGCUGUCGGCUGGUUCUCCGAUCAGCUCCCGCUGCGACUGAUCUGGCUUGGUCCGAUAGCUCAAGUGUUGGGUGGCGGCACGCAAGUAGCCACCUCCAUUAUGAUCACGGCAUUUCUCUACGUAUCGGCCACGGUGCUCGUCAGCGAGAUUCUGGCCACCCCGCUUAGUGCCCUGCUCAUGACGAAAAACAUCUGGCUACCGUAUCUACUAUCACCGGCUUUCAAUGCUGGUGGUGGCCUCCUUUUGUUCCUCUUACCGGAGACACUACCACGGACCCCACCCGGCCAACCGUCGUCCUCGGAGCAGGCACCACAACGACAGACUUUCCGGGGGCGCAUCAGAUCUGGAGUUGACGAGCUGAGCCGGUCAAUUGCUGUGAUUUGGCGACAUCGUCCGGUGCAACUAUUUCUGGUGGUGUUUAUUGCGUAUCUGGGAAUGCAGGUGAUGAAACUGCUUCUGCUCUUUGCUGCCGACCGGUUUCAUUGGACAAUUGCGCAGGCCAGCUUCCUCAUACCCGUACGAGGGUUUACUAGACUACUCCUGCUUCUCGUAAUCCUGCCAGGCAUAUCGCGCUGGCUCAUACAGCGACGGCGCAUGUCCCCAUUCACCAAGAACACUAGACUGGCUCUGACGAGUAGCGCUUGCAUGGGCGUAGGAUGUCUGCUAAUUGCGCUGUCCAGCCAUCCGGCGGGCGCAGUUUUGGGGCUGGUCGUGUAUGCGCUCGGUUCGGCAAUGCACCUAUUUGCUCGGCGCAUUAUCACCUCGCUCGUUGACGCGCAUCACAUGGGUACGCUGUAUACGGCGAUUGCGGUGAUGCAGGGAAUCGGAGUAUUGGUAGCUGGGCCAAUGAUGGCGACAGCGUAUGGCUGGGGAUUGGCCCAGGGUGGAGUGUGGACGGGGGCGCCGUUUUUGCUGGUGGGUGGACUUUAUGGGGCGGCUGGGUUGGCAAUCCUCCUGGGAAGUUGGGAGGGCUGCAAGGACGAUCUGGAGGAUGGAAGAUGCAGCGAGACUAUUGGCUAG